AUGUGGAAGAUCAUGCGGAGGGCUGCAAUGGAGGUGGGCCGCUUCACCUGCCGUGGCGCCUGCCUAGGGCUGGUGGGGGCGGACUGCUGGGAGUGCUUCAGGCCAGAGGACAAGGACCUAGCGGUGGGGCGCGGCGCCCCCAUCGUGCGUGACUCCUUUGCCCUAGACCCCAACGCUCCCGGCAGCGAGCCCUCUGUGGACUGCAUUGAAUCCUUGCCCCCAGCCGGCGGCGUCACCUUGCUGCUCAGCAGCGGCGCUUACGGGACACUCAGGGUGGAGGACGGGGAGCGCCUGCAGGGACUGCCCGAAGGCCACACGCGGCCCUGCUACCCGGUCCAGGCGCCCGGCGUGGGCCAGCAUCGCGCCACCAUCAGCCGCGACCAGGAGGCGCAGGCGCUGGAGAAGCGCCGCGCGGCGCUCGUCGCCGCGGCCACCAACGUCGCGCGCUGGCUUGGGGAGCGGCUUGCGCGGCCGUGCGCACUCAAGUACAUCGCAGCCGCAGGGGACGUGCCGCUGACCUCCGACUGGCAGUCCGCGCUGCUGAAUGGCAGGGCGCUUUCUGAAUUGAGGGAGGAUAGGGAAGACGCCCUGCACGGCCGCGGCGCCUGCGCGGGCGACGGACUUAUUGCUGAGUCAGCCAGCCCCAGCCAGGCCCCGCCCCCGACACCCCACCGGGAGGGCCCGCAUGAUCACAAGCCGCAGCAGCAGUUGCCGCAGCCGCACGGCGACGCAGUUGGCGCGCCCGCCGGCGCCGGCGGGGGCGGCGCCGCGGGCGGCGCGGACGCUUCGGAGGAGGGCGAGAGCCCGUCGGGGGCGGCGGCGGCGGCGGCGGAAGCUGAAGGGGCCGUGGCGGAAGCUGGAGGGGCGACGGGGGCUGCUGCUCGGGGGGAGGAGCGCGACCAAGGGUGGCCGGCUGCCGCUUGGUACCUCGCAGAUCAGGGCCGCUACUGUGUGUGCAACCUGAGCGCCGCGCCCGUCAAGGAGGCGUUCGUUCCCCUUGGAGACUUUGUGGAGCAGGUCGCCCGCGUGCGCCAGCCGCUGGCCGCCUUCAUCCGCCACCUUGAGGCUGCCGGCAUCGACAUGCGCAGGGAGGAGCCGCGCCUGCUCGCAUUCCACCAGAAGAACCGCGCCCCUGGCAGCUUCCUCGGCUCCUCCGAGGCCGCUGACGAGGCGUCCACGUCCGCGGCCGCUACGCGGCAGCGCGCCGCUGCAGCAGCGGCGAUCGGCACCCUCGCGUGGGGCUGCGUGCCGCUCCCGCUGCCCGUGCUGGCGCCGCCCGCCACGAACGUACGACGGCGCCUGGCGGCCGUGCAGGCAGGGCGGCGAGGCGGGAAGGGGAUGCGGCCGGCUGCGCAAGCGCGGGGCGAGGAGGGCACGCGGGCGGAUUCUGCACCCAAGGUAGCAGCCACGAAUGAGCACAAGCAGAAGCAGCAGAAACAGCCGCAACUGCGGCAGCAGCAGCAGCAGCAGCAGCAGCAGCAGCAGCAGGAACCAGGCGAAUUCAACAUGCUCACCAAAACGUACGAGCAAACUAGCAGCCCCAGCACGCACAACGGCGGCGCCGCAGCCUCAGACGACUCCGCCGGCCCCCCCACGCCGCCCCCAGCGGCACCGGUGCCAGCGCCGCGCGGCGCUCCCGACACGGCCUCGCCGCCGCCACCGUCGCCGGUAGAGCCUGCGGCUGUCGCGCCCGCGCCGCGCGGCGGACGCGCGGCGCCGGGGGCCAUACCCCUCUGGUGGCCUUGUGAGGUUAUUGAUCCGUGGUCCCCCCCUGGAAGCUUCCAGCUGCGGCUGCAGCACGUGAUGGCGCUGCCGGACGCCGCGGACCUGCGGGCCUGUGUCCCGCCGAGCGCGCUCUGGCAGCUCAUGGGGGUGCUGCGGCCCGGCGGCGCGCACGCCGCAGGCGGCGCCUGCGCGGCCUCGGCGGCCAGGGAUCGUGCGGCGGCCAGCGAGGGCGCGGCGGCGCCGCCGUCGGAGGGGCGGCUGCUGCUGGUGCUGUGGUUUGGGGGCGGCGCCUUCGAGUGGCGGCGGGGCGGGGAGCUGCUGCCCUUUGGGGAGUACAGGCGGAUGAUGGAAGGCCAUGCCAAGCUGCUGCGGCAACAGGGCUUACUGCCCAAGCUGUACCCCGCCGCCUUGGCGGAGGCGGCCGCCGCCGCGAAGCUGCUGGGCAGCUUCCGCGCCCGCGGCCGGCACCUGCUCAUGCCACAGGCCGAGGCGGACCGUCUGUUCCCGCGGCCGCCCGAGCAGGAGCCGUCGCUGCAACCGGCAGUGGCGGCGGCGGCAGCGGCGUCAGCGGCGGCAUCAACGUCGGCGGCGCCCACCGCUACGCCCGCGGCGGCCGGGGCUUUGGGUCCCGCAAAUUCGCGGGACAGCGGGCCCGCGCCGAAGCGUCCGAAGGGCUCAAAUUCAGCAGACAAGGCAUAUAGCGCAGCCCUGGCGGCCGCCGCGGCUCCAGAGGCCAUUGGAGCGCAGUGCGGCGGUGCGCGCUGCGGCGCGUGUCGCACAUGCGCAUACACGCACCUGAACCUGCCAUGUGUUGGCGCCCAGGCGGUGCGGGCGGGGCCUGUAGCAAACGCAGCGGCGCUGCUUGCCUUGCUGGGGGGCCAGGUGACUCAGCAGCAGCAGCAGCAGCAGCAGCAGCAGCUGCAGCAGCAGCAGCAGCAGAUUCAGCAGCAGCAGCUGCAACAGCAGCAGCUGCAGCUGCAGCAGCAUCAGCAGCAGCAGCAGCAGCAGCUGCAGCUCCAGCAGCAGCAGCAGCAGCUGCAGCUCCAGCAGCAGCAGCUUCAACAGCAGCAGCUCCAGCAGCAGCAGCUUCAACAGCAGCAGCCGCACCAGCAGCAGCAGCAGCAGCAGCAGCAGCAGCAGCAGCAGCAGCAGAAGCAGCAGCAGCAGCAGCUUCAGCAGCAGCAGAAGCAGCAGCAGCAGCUUCAGCAGCAGCAGCAGCUUCAGCAGCAGCAGCAGCUGCAGCAGCAGCGCGCAGGGCAAACUCAGCUGCAGCUGCAGGUCCAGCGGGGGUUGGCGCAGCAACAGCAGCAGCAGCCCGGCCUGGGGCAGCUGCUGCUGCGACUGCUGGGGUGCGGUUCCUUGGACGGCUGGCAUGCAGCCGCCGCACGCGCGAUCGCGCCCGCAGCACAGGUCCAGGCGCUGACGCAGCGGCUGUCGGUGGAACCAACCUCGGCGCCCACGGCAGUGCAGGCAGGCGACGCAGCCACGCAGGCACAGCCGCAGCCGCAGGUGCAGCCGCAAGCCCAGCCGCAAGCCCAGCCGCAAUCGCAGGCGCAGGUGCAGGCGCAGGUGCAAGUGCAGGUGCGGGCGCAGGUGCAGAGAAGCUCAGCUGAGGAUUGCGACGAUUGGAUGGAGCUGGACGCCUCGUCCCUGCUGGCGCCGCUGGCCGUCCAGUGCCAGGCGCCACAGCCGACGGCAGCAGGGACGGCUGGGGCAGCCCCGCAGCCGCACAGGCAGCAAGGGCAGGGGCAGGCGGCGCGCGGCGCGCCGCCCACGCAGAGCGGCGAUGGCGCGGCGUCGGACGCGCAGCAGAGGUGCAUGCGCUGCGAGGGCUGCGCCCAGACCAGCGGCAGCCAGCGCAGGCUCUGCCUGAUGGCCCGCGCCCGCGAGGCGGCGGCCGCCGGCUCGGAGGGCGGGCUGCUCGCCGCGCGCGGCGAGGGCGCGGUGGGCGCGCGCGUGAGCGUCUGGUGGCCGCUGGAGGAGGGAUGGUUCAAGGGAGUGGCCCGGCGGUGCACCGGAAGCCGCGCCACUUGCGGCCACGCCGCCCACCUGGCCGCCACGCAGCAGCAACGGCGUAUGAGGGCCGCCUGGAGGCCCAGGCUCACGCCAGCUGCCGUAGCAGAGGAAAAGGAUGCGGCACCAAGCAGCAGUGGCCGCGGCGGCAGCGGCGGCGCCGACGCGCCAUGGCGGCGGCCAGGCGCGCCCGCGACGCAGUACGACGUGCUCCAUGGCAUAGCGCGGCAGUACUCAAAGGGCCGCGUCUCCAUCCCAGACAGCGCCCUCGAGAGCCUCUUCGACCUGGACGGCGAGGGCGCGCC